GGUUGCCUGGCAAGUGCCCACAUGCCGCCCUGUUGCCUGUUCCUGACCAAACCCCUGGAGCUGUGCGGUGGUAUGACUCCGUAAGCAUUCAGCCGUGUGCGUUUCCUUGAAAACGGUAUAGUCUAUUUUAAAGUAGUGAGCCGAAUCGGUUCCGGCUCUAGUUGACACUGCGGCAACAGUAGGUAGUAGGGGCUUCAUGGAGAAAGACUUACCGAUGCCAUCUGGUGAUGGAGGGAGUGCUGGUACCGAUUCAGAGGCUGCGGACUCGGCCCCGCCAGAGGAAAUGCAGCCCAGUCGUCCGGGAGAGCAUGCUGUCUCGGUUCUUUGGUCUUUCGGAAAGUGCCUGGGUGCGUUAUUGCCCGUGUACCUUGCGGGUUACUUCGGAUUCAGUAUUAGUAUAGUCUUGUUCGGUCUUGUCAUCUACAUGGGAUGGAAGCACGGCAGAGAUGGAAAACACUCUCGAUUGCAAUCCGCCAUGUAUCUGCUGGAAAACGAGCAAGACUUCACCACCACACGGGUUUUUAGGAGUAAACGCGAUUUGCCGUCAUGGGUUAAUUUCCCUGAUGUGGAGAAGGUUGAAUGGGUCAACAAGAUUAUCCAGCAGGCCUGGCCUUUCAUUGGGCAGUAUCUGGAGAAGCUGCUGGUGGAGACCAUCGCCCCCUCCAUCAGAGCCUCCAGCGCCUGCCUGCAGACCCUCAGCUUCACCAAGAUUGAUUUCGGAGACAAGGCCAUGAAAGUGGUGGGUGUGAAGGCCCACACAGAACAUGGCAAACGGCAGGUGAUGCUGGACCUCUACAUCAGCUUUGCCGGAGAUGUGGAGAUCAACGUGGAGGUGAAGAAGUACUUUUGCAAAGCAGGAGUCAAGGGCAUACAGCUCCAUGGCAAGCUGAGGGUGAUCCUAGAGCCUCUGAUUGGGGAUGUUCCUCUAGUAGGCGCCAUCACCAUGUUCUUUAUCCGGAGGCCUAAGCUUGAUAUCAACUGGACUGGGCUAACCAAUCUGCUGGACAUCCCUGGGCUGAAUGCUAUGUCGGAUACUAUGAUAAUGGAUACUAUCGCCUCCUUCCUGGUCCUACCGAAUCGCCUCACUGUCCCCCUGGUGGCCGACCUGCACGUUGCGCAGCUCCGCUCCCCUCUCCCACGGGGGAUUGUGCGCAUCCAUCUCCUGGAGGCUGAGAACCUGGCCGCUAAGGACAACUACAUCAAGGGCGUGCUGGCGGGGAAGUCGGACCCCUACGCUGUGCUCAGGGUGGGCACCCAGACCUUCACCUCCCAUUAUGUGGACAACAACCUCAACCCCCAGUGGCGCGAGAUGUAUGAGGUCAUUGUCCAUGAAGUGCCUGGACAGGAGUUGGAGGUGGAGGUGUUUGACAAAGACCCUGACCAGGAUGACUUCCUGGGGAGGGUCAAGCUGGAUUUGGACAUAGUAAGGAAAGCAAGACUUUUGGAUGAGUGGUUCACUCUGAAGGACGCUCCCUCAGGGCAGGUCCACCUACGUUUGGAGUGGCUCUCUCUGCUGCCCUCUGCUGAGCGCCUGAGUGAGGUGCUGAGGAGGAACCAAAACCUCACCAUAUCCAGCAAGACGGCAGAGCCCCCCUCUGCAGCUAUUCUGGUGGUGUAUCUGGACCGGGCCCAGGACCUACCGAUGAAGAAAGGCAGUAAGGAGCCCAGCCCCAUUGUGCAGCUGUCUGUGCAGGACACCACUCGAGAGAGCCGGACUAUGUACGGCACCACCAGCCCUGUAUGGGAGGAGGCCUUCACCCUCUUCAUCCAGGACCCUCUCAGACAGGACAUGGACAUUCAGGUGAAGGACGACGACCGGUCCGUGUCCCUGGGCAGCGUGACCAUUCCUCUGGCCCGGCUGCUGGUCACCCCAGAGCUCACCAUGGACCAGUGGUUCCAGCUGGAGAACUCAGGCCAAGCCAGCCGGCUCUACCUCAAAGCUGUGCUGAGGUUGCUUUGGCUGGAUGAAGAUGCCAUUCCCAGCCCUGUCUCCCCAUGUCCCAUGUCCCCUGGGUCCGGCCAAGGUGAAGGGGGCGUGACAUCAGAGGGGGCCCCAGGGAGCUCCAGCCUGUCCCCCAACCCGUGUGUGACGCGGCCCCAAAACACCAGCCCAGAUGCAGGUUUUGCCACAGAGGGCGUCUUGAGGAUCCGUCUGGUGGAGGCCGAGAGCCUCGUGGCCAAGGACAGCUUCAUGGGCAGGAAGGGGAAGAGCGACCCCUACGUCAAGGUCCGCGUGGGCGGCGUGACCUACAAGAGUCAUGUGAUCAAAGAGAACCUCAGCCCCACGUGGAACGAGAUGUAUGAGGUGAUCCUGACCCAGCUCCCGGGACAAGAGGUGCAAUUUGAGUUGUUCGAUAAGGACUUUGACCAGGAUGACUUCCUUGGCAGAUUCAAGAUUAAUCUCAGAGACCUUAUCAACUCACAGUAUACUGAUCAGUGGUACACUCUGAAUGAUGUCAAGACGGGCCGAGUUCACCUGGUAAUGGAGUGGUUGCCCAGAGUAACAGAUCCGACGAGGCUUGACCAGAUCCUGCAGCUUCAGUCCCAGCAGGUGUAUCAGAAUAAGACAAUCCCCUCUGCAGCUCUGCUCUUUGUCUACGUGGAGAGGGCCCAUGGCCUGCCGCUGAAGAAGAGUGGUAACGAGCCCAAGGUCGGGGCAGAGAUCUCACUGGAGGGCGUCUCCAACCGGACUAAGAUUUGCGAUCGUUCUACCUCUCCACAGUGGGAUGAAGCCUUUCAGUUCCUGGUUCGUGACCCUAGAAAGGACAUCCUCACAGUGAAGCUUUCUCACAGCUGGGGUCAGGCUCUGGGCGCCCUGCUGCUGCCCCUGAGGGAAGUGCUGGCCGAGCCGGACCUGGUGCUGGACCGCUGGCUGCCUCUAGAUGGCGCUCUCCCAGAGAGUGAGAUCUUACUGAGGGCCGAAGUCAAGUUAUUGGACUCAAAGCUGGUGGAGUGCCUCAAGUCGAAUGGAGAUGAGGUGACAGACUGUGACGAGGCAGUGGAAGAUCACCUCAUUCCCAGUAGAGAUUCAGACAUGGCAGCUAAUCUUAGGCAUAGAGCUGUGCCCAGCAAUGAAGAAGAUAGUGUGGGUGGAGCUGGAGGCCAGGGACAGGUGAAGCUCUCUAUUGUCUACUCUUCUGAAGAGAGCCGAUUGGCCAUCACGGUCCACGCCUGCAGAAACCUGCCUGCCAGCGCCAAAGACGGGUCUGACCCUUACGUCUCCCUCAUCCUUCUCCCAGACAAAAGCAGGAACACCAAGCGCAAGACAAGUGUCAAGAAGAAAGAGCUCAACCCAGAGUUCAAAGAGAGGUUUGACUUUGACCUUUCACUGGAGGAGGCCACACAGAGAAGACUGGACCUGUCGGUCAAACACAGUGUUUCCUUCAUGAGUCGUGAGAAGGAGCUCAUCGGAAAAUUGCAGCUUGAUCUGGACCAAGUUGACCUCAACUCAGGGGUCACUCAGUGGUAUGACUUGACGGAGGAGGCCACCUGAUGGGUAUAGGAGAGGACUUGAUGCCUUUAACGUCUCUGCCCUCCUGCUUCACCUUCCGCCAAGCUUCUGCUGUGUGAUGCAAAUGUCACUUUUGUAGCUUUGAGAUUGUGUGUAGCAUUCAAAUAGUGUAAUCACUGAUCACAGGUAUCAUAUCAAAUCAAUACCUUCUGUUUGCUUGCACAAGAAUUUUGUUUACUAUCAAUCACGAGGAAACAACUAAAGGGGUAUUGCAUUGCAUUUGCACUAUGCAAAAUACCUUUAGAUUGAUUUACGACACAAUUUUUUUACAAUCAGUCAUCCUGGGGUGAAGCCUAAAGAUAAAUGGAUAGACUUAACCCUGUCAGUAUUUCCAUGUACAAUGUGACAACUACUUCAUUCAUAUGGUCAGGUGUUCCAGAUAGCGCACCCUGUCAUAAGUGCACAUUAACCAAAUACGUCGGUACAUUGUACAUCACGGUACAAGCAUAUUCAUAGAAUGUGUAAUUACAAUUCUCAUCAAUUCAAAACCAAAGAUAACUAUUUUUGUUUUAAAAUAAUGAUCACCACCACCAAACUCCGACAGACACAAUAUAUUCCUCAGCUUUUGUAGUUACACAGACCAUGAAUAUUUGUGUCCAAGAGAGCAGACCAUGCAGACAUGGCAUGUGGAUCGACAUUAUGCAAUGAAAGAUUCAACAUCAUGGCUUCUCCAGUAGCACACAGCAGUUUAGUAGUAGAUUAUAAUUAUUUUGAGUUGCUUUUUGUCGUUCCUUGGUACUGUUUGAAUGUUUACACUUUUAUGCCUUCUCCAUUGCAGGAAUGUGCAGUCUUAACUGAAAACUCUGUUUGAAUGUUUUUUUUUUUUAUUUUGAAAUGAAGGAACUUUGUUAUUACUUUAAGAUAUUUGCAUAGCAGCUGAGGCGUUGUCAUACAGUGUUAUAAAUGUCUCCGUCACCUCAGCAACCUUCAUAUCAGAAAGGUCUGAAUCACUGUGCUUUGUUCUGUUUCCCUGGCUAAGGGAGGCAGUAGUGUGCUAUGAUGUAUAUUAUGCUCUAGUUGUUCUAAAGGCAGCCUUCCAGUGCCAACUUGUAAGGGACUGAACACCAGCUUGAAAGAAACUGUGUUUUGCACGAAAAUGGGUGGGGAAAGAAAUGCUAUUUUUAGUCAGAAAGGGAAUGGGUGAUAUUGGAAUGACAGUGAUAGUAUGGUUUACUCUUUAUCAUGAAUCUUGCAGCUGAUUGAAUAAACCUUGUUUGCACUUUAAA